UUGACUAACUUUGGCUCCGUUGAAAUUGGUGACUGGUGUUGUCCGUCUCUGUAGUGGGAGCUUUAUUGAAAGUAAUUCGUCGGUGUGAAGGUGUGAAAAGUAAUCGCUGCAACUACCAGCGGCCACGUUUUUGUCAUCCACCAUGCCACCUGUCGAAUUGGAUAAGCCUAAGGCAGUUGGAGGAAACCAGCCAAGGCCACUGGAGCUGUCAGGACAUGUGGGGUUUGACUCUCUGCCAGACCAGCUGGUGGCAAAGUCUGUUCAGAAUGGCUUCACUUUCAACAUCAUGUGCAUUGGCGAGACAGGAUUGGGUAAGUCCACCCUUAUGGACUCAUUGUUCAACACCAACUUCGAGUCAUCUCAGAGUCCACACAACCUGACUGUUGUGAAACUGAAGGCGCACACAUAUGAGCUGCAGGAGAGCAAUGUCAAGUUGAAGAAGCCACAAAAAGUGAAGUUAGUGCUGACGCUGUGUGACACGGUCGGCUACGGCGACCAGAUCAACAAGGAGGACAGCUUCAAAGCGAUCGUCGAUUACAUUGACACGCAGUUCGAGAACUACCUGCAGGAGGAGUUGAAGAUCAAGCGCUCGCUGUCGGCGUACCACGACACCAGGAUCCACGCAUGCGUCUACUUCAUCUGCCCGACGGGACACGGACUGAAAUCGCUAGAUCUCGUGUGUAUGAAGAAACUGCAAAGCAAGGUCAACAUCAUCCCCGUCAUCGCCAAGGCGGACACAAUCUCCAAAACCGAACUAGUCAAGUUCAAGCAACGCAUCCUGACGGAACUGAACGGCAACGGCGUGCAGAUCUACCAUUUCCCGAUGGACGACUCGACCGUGGCUGACACCAACCGCUCGAUGAACGCGCACAUCCCGUUCGCCGUCGUCGGCAGCACCGACUUCGUCAAGGUCGGCAACAAGAUGGUGCGCGCCCGCGAGUACCCCUGGGGUACCGUGCAGGUUGAGAACGAGAACCACUGCGACUUUGUGAAGCUUCGCGAGAUGCUGAUCCGCACCAACAUGGAGGAUCUCCGCGACACCACGCACACCAAGCACUACGAGCUGUACCGCCAAGCCCGGCUGGAGAAGAUGGGCUUCAGCGACGUGGGGCCGGACAACAAGCCGGUCAACUUCCAGGAGACGUACGAGACGAAGCGCUCGGAGCACCUGGACGAGAUGCAGCAGAAGGAGGACCAAAUGCGGCAAAUGUUCGUCCAGCGGGUCAAGGAGAAGGAGACGGAGUUGAAGGAGGCCGAAAAGCAGCUGCAGCAGCGCUUCGACAAGAUGAAGCGCGAGCACGGCGACGAGAAGCGCCGCGUGGACGACGAGCGCCGCCAGCUGGAGGAGGAGGUGGCCGAGUUCCACCGGCGCAAGGCCGCCCACCUGACCGCCUCCCACGGCGGCACGCUCACGCUCGGCAAGAAGAAGAAGUGAGCCGGCGGUGCGGCACGGCACGGCCGCGAGCGCGACCGGGACCAGCGGGCCGGACGGCGAGCUGGCGCGCCAGCCAUCGCGCCGUCCCUGCGCGGCUCUGGCGGACCCGGGCUCAGGCGGUGGCAGCUUCAGGCCUGGCCUGUGACGUCAGGAGAGAGGGGCUCUGCCAAACGUGCCGGGGGCUCGCCGUCCGAACGCCCCAGACCAUAAUGCUAUGGGUAUAUCAUACUUUGCUUUUAUCGCAUGCAUGUUUUAAGUUGCCUAGUGGGCCACCAUGUAUAAUCGAGUGCAUAACAACCCUCCCAAAGCACGGCCACUUGUAGUAGUAAAGAGCACUGCGAGGCGAAAACGACGCAGUUAGUUUUUGGUAUAAUUCAAUCCUUUAGUGCAGGUACCCAUGCAUACAGAAGCCGUCGAUCCUCCAGAGCUUGCCACUUUCCCGACUUGCCUUUUUUCUUUUAGUGCCAACGUUUCGUUAUUUGCCUUUUGUCAUGUCGUUACGCACGAUAUGCUAUGACUAGAAGCCAAACAAAAUGAAAAAAGUGAGACCAGUAACACUCAGACAUGCAAACGCUGUGUGCGUCGUAACACACGGGAGAAAGAAAACAUCUGUAAGGUCUCCAAACGGAAUCAGAAUGGGGUAUUCCCAGUUCAUCAUCAUCGUCGCCCAACCCCUGGACUUGUAACUGCAGUGCCCCGUCUUUUUCGUAAAGUGAUGUGUUUUUACAGUAUGCCUUAGCAUUUUUGCCAAAACAAGGCACACAAAAAUUUGCAUGCAGCCAGAGAUGCUCUCCCAUGCAAGAAUGCAAUUGGUUGUCCUGUUUGGCGAGCGACUUAAGAUCAGCAUCUGGUGACAGCGUGACCAGAGGUGUUUGGGGUAGUAUGUUCAAAUCAGCUUUGACCCGUCUGGUUGCGUUUGGGAUUUUUGCGACUUAGGUGACUGGAUUAUUGACAUUUGACCUCGGCAAGUGUGCGCAAUUCGUACUGUAAGUCAUGUUGAUUAGCAGAGCAACGAACGGGCCAAACGCAGGAGUUGGAGUCAUACGCUGGCGUCGUAUUUGUUGUCGGUGAUGUGUUAUUAGUUAAUGGCGUUUGCUGCUCUAACUGCACAGCUUACCUGCGCUCGAGGCAGCACUUGUGUUUAUUCUUGCGCCCAGUCAAAUGUGUCCAGUGGCUCUUCCUUCGUGUUUUGUACGAACUAUAUAAACGUUUAUAGAAAAUC